GUAAAUUCAGCAAUUGCUCAGAGUCCAUAAUGAUGUGUAACUGCCUUAAUCAUUUCACCGGUUAAUUCUUUCAUUGGUUUAUUUGAAUCAUAAUUCCCUGCCAUUGGUUGACUGAAAAUUGACAUUUCAAAUAUUUACAUUGGGGCAACAGUGGUAGGUAUGUCUGAAUUUCAUAAAAUACAUGUUUCUGUUGAUGAAAUGCGUAAAAAAUCGGAAAGCGAAUCCAAACCCAAUUUGCAACAAGAUGAGGACAGUGAGAGUACUGAAGAACAGCCGUUGGACGUUGGUGAACAUUAUUUGGUACGAAGAUCCGAUGAUUCUUGGCAUCCAGCGGAAAUAAUUCAAUCUCGCUAUAAUGAUUUGGAAAGGCAAUAUGAGUAUUAUGUUCACUAUGAAGGAUAUAAUCGAAGACUGGAUGAAUGGGUUCCAAGAGGAAGAAUAAUGUCUUCGAGAUUCAAUAUGAUGGAAAGUGGUCAAAAGUCUUCUAUGGAUAUGAAAGUAUGGAAGGAUCGCCCAGUGAUUGCUGAUAUGUUAGGUGAUAAUUCCGAUAGAAAAAUUACACGUAACCAAAAACGGAGACAUGAUGAAAUCAAUCACAUUCAGAAAACGUAUGCUGAAAUGGACCCAACUACAGCAGCUCUAGAAAAAGAACAUGAACAAAUUACAAAAGUCAAAUAUAUAGAUAAGAUACAAAUUGGCAGGUUUGAAAUUGAUACUUGGUAUUUUAGUCCUUAUCCUGAAGACUAUGGGCGACAAAGUAAACUUUGGAUUUGUGAAUAUUGUCUGAAAUAUAUGAGAUUAGAGAAAAGUUAUAGAUAUCACAUG